AUGGAUGCGUUGGCACGACAGGAUAGUACUGCGAUUGGGGAGGCAAUGGGGGCGUAUAUGACAGAGAAGAGCGGAGAUGAUUUAGAAGUGCUAUUCAAGAGAUAUGGAACGGGAGAUGAGAAUAAGACACCUUUCUCAAAAUCCCAUGCAAAAUUCGUACAUUUUCUUCCCCGAACCCCAACCGAAGGCUCCGGAGGAUAUUUCCCCUACGCCGCGCUUGAGAAUUUCAUCCCGGAGGCCGGUUCUGGCGAUAUCACCGACAAGCAAAAUUCAAGCGCAAGUUCCGAUACUAAGGAUGGUGCCGAUUCGCCUGGAAAAUAUCUCACCAUCGCUUGUAUGUUACUGCAUCCGCUCUCCCGUGGAAAUACACACAUUACCAACUCCAGUCCCGAGAUUCCUGCAGAAAUCGAUCCCAAACAUCUUUCUCAUCCCCUCGAUCUCGAAAUUCUCUCUCGCCACGUCCGCUGUAUUUCCAAAUUAUUUCCUUCCCUCGUCUUUCCGCAAUUUUCAAACCUCCCGGAGAGAGAAAUCACGGAUCUCGAUGCUGUCAAGGAAUAUCUGAAGAAAGCAGCACCGAGUACAUAG